AUGCUCGGCGUCAGACAUUGCUGUAUGCUAUCCCCGCUGUUAGUCAACUUGGUUCUGGACCAAGUAAUACGACGAGCUUCUGCGGAAGAUAGAGGUAGACCCUGGGGUCUGAACGGUUAUCUUGAAGAUGUAGACUAUGCGGACGGUAUUUUUUUGAUGGCGCACAAACACUCGCAUCAGCGAAGACACAUUCGGUUUGUAAGUUUGCAAUGUAAUGAAAAUCAACAUCGCCAAGACGAAGCAAAUCUAAUGUUCAUAAACACCAUCGAAACGCAAGCUAUUUAUAUUGCCGAUAUUCCACUAGGUGAAGUAGGCGAGUUCUAUUACCGUAGGAUCAUUAGAAAAAUUGCGGGUGAGCAGCAGACAUAUCACAUAGGUCGACCUGCUAUUGGCCAGCUGGAUAAAGUUUAG